CCUUUCGCCCCCGUCUCCGUCGGGAUGGCUGACUCCUCCUAAUCCGCGCCUUCUCCAUCGCCACAGCCUGAGCCACUUCCACUGCCUCUCCCCCAAAACUUCGAACGCGCUAGCGGUAGCACGCUGGGCUGGAGGCGAGAGCUGGGACUGUGAGCUUGCUAGGGCUUCGCUUCUCCGGCGCGGGAUGGGCUACCUCGUCAUCUCGCCGUCACAGUCGCCGUCUCCGCCGCACGCCUUCCAAUACGCCUCCUCCUCCUCCUCGUCCUCGUCCUCGGGCGCCACCGCCUGCCGUCGCCGCGCGCGGCGAGGCGGGGCCUUCGUCGUUGCGUCGGCCGCCUCGCCGCUCGAUGGCGGUCCUUCUCCCGCGGCGGCGGCGGCGGCCGCCGCCGAUGCCUACGUGCUGGCGCGGCGGGUGGUGCUCCUCGGCGCCUCGGCCAUACCGUUCGUCAGCCUCCGUGAAGCUGCUGCCGCGCCCGCGCCCGUGGACAUCGUGAAGGUUUAUGGUAUGUCAUUGUUCGAAGGGUUUGUUAGAAGAAAGGGGAUUGAUGCCCCAAGGGUAAAUCGUGAAGCUGAGAAUUGCUAUGAAACUUUCAAGAUUGGACGUAAUUCCAUCAUCUGUAGACCUAAGGAGGAUAAGAUUGAUGAGACAAAGAAUGUCCCUCAAUUUGAAGGGACAAAGGGUAUGGCAAAACCUGAAAAAACUCAACCUGAAGGAACUCAGGUUGAAACUAAUACUCCUGAAGCUCGUCAGCGUGAAUCAUCCUUACAGUUGGUGCAAGAACAACCUCCAGAGAAUCCACUGGUUGGCUUUCUUGGCACAGUUGGAGUUGCUGCCUCUGGUGUUCUUGGUGGGCUGUACGGCACUUCUCUACAAGAAAAAAAGGCCCUGCAAUCAAUUAUCUCCUCAACGGAGAGCAAAUUGGCUGAAAAUGAGGCAGCACUUUCUUUGAUGAGGGAAAACUAUGAGAAACGGUUACUGGAGCAGCAAGCAGCACAAAAGAAGCAAUCUAUGAAGUUCCAGCAGCAGGAAGUUUCUCUUUCAGGUCAGUUAGCUUCAGCAACAAAGACUUUGACCUCACUGAGUGAAGAAUUCAGAAAGGAGAAGAAAUUAGCUGAGGAACUUAGGGAUGAAAUACAGAGAUUAGAGAGUAGUAUCACACAAGCUGGCAUUGAUAAGGAUGUGCUUAAAACUAAAUUGGAAGAAAAACUUGGUGAGAUUGAUGUUUUGCAGGAAAAGAUAAGUUUACUCAGCCAAGAAAUUGAUGAUAAGGCGAAGCACAUCAGGGAACUCAGUGCAUCGCUUUCCUCGAAGGAAGUAGACUACCAAAAGCUGACCGCUUUCACAAAUGAAACUAAAAGGAGCCUUGAGCUUGCAAAUUCUAGAGUACAACAACUUGAGGAGGAGCUCAAUACAACUAAGAAUGCUCUCGCUUCAAAGAUAUCUUCUAUUGAUUCACUCAAUGCUAGACUUGAAACGUUGAACUCUGAAAAGGAAGAAGCUGACAAAAAAAUUAACGAGUUAAUACAAGAGUAUACAGACCUGAAGGCAGCUUCAGAGACAAGGGCAAACCAUGAUUCCAAACUACUCUCAGAAAGAGAUGAUGAGAUAAAACAGCUUGAAGAAAAACUGUCUUUUGCAUUAACUGACUCUAGCAAAUAUCAAGAAACAAUUGUUGAGUUGAACAAGGAGUUGGAUGCUACCAAAAUGAUGCUAGAGAAUGAACUUAAGGCCAUGGAAACUUUAAAAGAUUCUAUUCGAUCAUCUGAAGAGGCUCUAAAGACUUCCAGAACUGAGGUUUCCAAACUUUCCAAGGAGCUUGAGGAGGCAAAAGAAUUGAAUGAGGUCCUGGUAUCACAAAUUUCUAAACUCCAAGAGGAGUCCAAUGAAAUGCAAGUAGAUCUCACUAAUAAACUAGGAGAGGCAGAAUCAUUAUCCAAAGCUCUGUCAGAAGAUUUGGCUUCAGUAAAGGAAAUGGUUCAAAAGGGACAAGAAGAACUUGAAGCCACCUCUAAUGAGCUGGCAUCUAUUGUUGAAGCUCGUGACAACUUGAAGAAAGAAUUGCUGGAUGUGUACAAGAAUUUGGAGUCCACCACACAUGAGCUUGUUGAGGAAAGGAAAAUUGUGACAACCUUAAAUAGGGAACUUGAAGUGUUGGCGAAACAGUUGCAGGUAGAUUCCGAAGCAAGAAAAGCUCUUGAAGCAGACCUGGAUGAGGCAACAAAGUCACUAGAUGAGAUGAACCAUAGUGCAUUGUUACUGUCUAAAGAACUUGAGGGCACUCAUUCUAGGAAUGACACUCUUGAAGCUGAGAAAGAAAUGCUAUCCAAGGCUCUAUCUGAACAAACGAAAAUCACAACUGAAGCUAAGGAAAACACUGAGGAUGCUCAGAAUAUGAUCACAAGGCUUCAGACAGAGAAGGAGAGCUUUGAAUUGAGGUCUAGACAUCUUGAAGAGGAAUUGGCGUUAGCAAAGGGUGAGAUACUGCGCCUAAGGAGGCAGAUUAGUACAAACAGUUCUCAGAAACCAAGAGCACCUCCCCGAGCAAGAGGACCACCAGAGACUAAUGAAACUUUGAAGGAGCAACCUGUGAAUGACCAUAAUCAGAAGAGCAGUGGAGUUGUUGCUGGAACUCCGCAGCCUGUGAAAAGGACUGUAAGGAGAAGAAAAGGUAGCGCAUAACAUGAGUUUGUGUUGGAACUUGGAAGCCCUAGCCGGAGCCAUUUUUUUCCAUGCCUUUCUAUUUAGUAAUUUCAUUGUUACUUAAUUUUAAAAUUGCCAUCCUUUGAAAAUAGCAUCAAUAGUUAUUCAAGUGUUAUUUACAUUUGCCUUUUGUAGUAUUUCGGUUACUCAAUGUAUUUUGUUUUAGUUUUUGAAAAACAGUGUAUGUGUAUAAAUGAGUUACUGAAUGGCCAACAUGAUGAAAUUACAGUAUCUGUACUUAAUGCUUA